GGAGGAAGUUGGAACGCCGCGAUUCGCGCCGGUGACCAACGACAGAGGUAAUUCGCAAACCUCUUACGGUCAAACUUGAAACAAAAAGAAAAAUAAACGUCCAACGGAAACAGUCUUGCGUCGCAAUAACGAAGCAAAACAGAAUGAACGAAGAUUUGUGACGCUCGAUAAAUCGGCACCGGCGAUGCACUGCGUCGUUUUUGCCACGUGAAAACCGUCCAUUCAAUCACCUCGUUUCGUACGCCGGGUAAUUUUACGAUCUCGAACCGUUCGUUUCGUAGUGAUCGGUUUUUCACGGUGUUCGUGCAAAGAAACUCAACGUUAAGAAUAACUACCGGCGUAUACGCGAUGUGUUCAACUAUAUUCGAAAGUUCCUUUGGAGAUUGCCUUCUAUCGCGUUAAGAAUCGAAGAUACUAAUUACCGACAAUCUCCAAGUUCAGACUGAAACAAACGGAAGCCUUCGGAAGAAAGUAGACGAGAUUUGUGCGUGUUUGGGAAAAGAAGCAAAGAAGUCAGGAAGCGGAGGAAAAGUCUUAGGCGCCAGACCUACGCGAGGAGAUAAUCUGGUCCUUUGGUUUCGUUUCACUGCACAGUGGAACGGUUCUCAAAUCAAACAAAUACAUCUAAAUGUGUUCCAUAGCGAUGCCUGCUGAGCUGCUUCUGGGGCAUAGUCCUCCAGUAUACAGUCCACUUCUGUAUAGUCCUUUAGUGGUGACAGCGCCGUCGAUUACCAGCAGAUCGGUCCCACCCAGGAUAAGGCCAUGUCUAUCGUCCGGUUCCCUGGCCAUCGACAGUAUACGGAACAGCAACGACGGCAACAACAGCAAACAGAAAAAAAGGGUGGUGUUCGCCGACGACCGUGGUCGUCCGCUUACUCAGGUUCGCGUGAUGUCAGAGCCCAGCAAUGUGCCGCCACUCUGGAGUACCGCGUACCUGGCCGGAUUAACGGGACGUCUUCUUCACUCGAAAAUAGACGACGACGAGCCCGUGGAGGUUGCGUCGCCCUGGCAAGUGACUUUCCCCCAACCGGCGAGCGAUUACCUCGCCUUCCGACGGAAACUCGACCAAGAGAACGUCAGCUUGGAAAACGUGAUAAUAAGGGAGUCGGAACACUGUCUGGUCGGCACCAUAAAGGUACGUAAUCUGGCGUACGACAAGGAGGUGGUGGUCAGGGCGAGCAACGAUUCCUGGAAGACUCACGAGGACGUGCACUGCACCUACGUCGAGCAACCGUGCGCCCCGGCUCUGAUACUCUACGACACCUUCCGGUUCAGACUCACUCUGCCGCUCAAGUCGAACGUGAUGGAGUUCUGCGUACGCUAUCGUACCGAUGGCAAAGAGUACUGGGACAACAACGGGGGAAAGAACUUUGUCGUUCGCAAGAAACUAGAGCCACGGGCGCCGGCGAAACGGUACGACAUCUUGACAACCACGUGUGACGGAUUCUCGAGCAACGGUAUACGAGACGGGAUACCGCGGAUCACGGACGCGACGAGAACGAACAUACGCACGUGGAGCGAGUUCGCGUCUUGGCAUCAUCUGACGAACGACGCUCCGUACUGGUGAAUCCUAAACAGCCCUCGUCAAACGAUGUACAAAGUCGUACGAAUUCUUCCAGUUUACUUGGUUAAUUGUCGUGGCGUAAGAACAUGCGGGACGAAGCGUCAGACCGCGCGACACACCAGAGGGCGACACGGUCGUAUGAAGCGUGUGUCACGACCGGCGCGGCGUCAGGAACAGGAGACCGGCGAACGAGAGUAUUGACGAAAGAAGGGAAGCGAUGGACCACUACGAUUUAUCUUCGAUUCGGAAGGACAAGCUCGCACGGAAGGGAGAGGACACGAUUGGAGGUCGACACAGCGCGGUGCAGACGAAAGACGAGGAACAAGGUCGCGUUAAUUUUAUGAUUACAACGUGCAGAAACGCAUACACAGUAGCCGCGCGAGAAGGAUUUGUAGAGCGCGGUACGAUCAUCGGACGGUUCAUUACGUUACGUGCUUCUUCCAGCUACCAAUUUGGAGAUCGACCGUGCAUCUUCUUCGAUCGUCGUCCUCCUCCUCUUCCUGUUCCACUUUCCUGGAACUUGGCCGCCAAAAGCCAAGUAUGUCCGUCAAGUUGUUUCCACCUUUGAGUUGACCAAAUCUCGCUGGU